AUGUCGAGAGAACAGAUGGCCAUUCACAAAGUUUUAGGAGAGGUUUUGGAAGGCCUUCAGGGCCCUGCACAAAAGGGUGAGCUUAUAGCGUGCGCUUUUGGCUAUGAUCGCCUGUGUUUCCCUAUACUAUGUGCCUGGAUUGCGGAUCAGCCAGAACACGCCUCGCUACAAAAUAUCAACAAUCAUGCCUGCCCAAAAUAUGAGGUUGAUUUCAAAGGCUUGGGAAGCCUUCACGAAAGCCCGCUACGGAUUCAGGAGCGAUAUUUUGAGAUCGUAAAGGAAUAUGAGGAUAAUAGGUCUAACGCAGCACCCGUGGAAUACCUUGUAUCAAAGUCUCUAAAGACCCUCUACAAUGCCUUUUGGGCCUUGCCGAGGACCAGCACCUAUGAUCUACACAAGCCGGACAUACUAAACAAUAUCUACUUGAGACUAUUGAAACACAUGAUGGAGUGGGUUCAGGGGUUUCUUAAGAAACACAAUCGAAUAAAGGAGUUUGAUCAAGCUUGGUCCUCUAUCGGGCCUUAUCCAGGGCUCGCUGUGCCCAACAAAGCGUAUCGAGUAACUACACAGUGGCAUGGUAAAGAAAUGCGACAUCUUGGCCGCAUAGUUUUGGGAGCCUUUGCGGUGGCUUUACAAGCCCCUCUAAUGGCGGCAUGGAAAGACUUUAGUAGAGCUUUGCAGUGUGUACGAGCGUUGAUUGACUUCCACUUUAUUGCACAGUAUACAACCCACACAAAGAAGACUCUAGAGUAUCCGCAAAGCUAUUUCGAAGACUUCCACAAGCAUAAAGAUGUAUUUCUCGAAUUCCGAGCCUAUAAAUGA